AUGUGUACCGACUACACCGACCUUAAUAAAGCCUGUCCCAAGGAUGCCUAUCCACUCCCAUGUAUUGACCGACUCGUCGAUGGUGCUUCCGGGCACGCUAUAUUUAGCUUCCUAGAUGCUUACUCCGGCUACAACCAGAUCAAAAUGCAUCCGGCCGACGAAGAAAAGACAGCAUUCAUAACCGAGAACGCCAAUUUUUGUUAUAAAGUGAUGCCAUUUGGGCUGAAGAAUGCCGGGGCAACUUACCAGAGGUUAGUGGACAAGGUGUUUAACGGUCAGAUCGGCCGAAACAUCAAGAUAUAUGUGGACGAUAUGGUGGUGAAGUCCAAUUCUCUGGCCGAACACUUAACCGACCUGACUAAAAUCUUUGGUGAACUCCGGAAGCACAACAUGAGACUCAACCCCGAGAAGUGUACCUUCGGGGUCAAGAGAGGCAAAUUCCUAGGUUUUAUGCUGUCGGCGAGAGGCAUAGAAGCGAACCGAGACAAAUGUCAGGCCGUGUUGAGCAUGCGAAGCCCGAGCAACCAAAAGGAAUUGCAACGCCUCUCUGGAAGAUUGGUCGCCUUAUCCCGAUUCCUCCCACGGUUAGGCGACAAAAUUAGCCCGAUGACAAAACUCCUGCGGAAGGCAUCGAUCUUUUCAUGGGAUGAACACUGCGAAGCAGCCUUCGCAGCUUUGAAGACGACCUUGGCGACACCUCCGACCCUUACGAAGCCUGAUCCUCUGUGCCCGAUACUUGUAUAUUUGGUCGUGUCCGAGGAGGCUAUCAGCUCGGUUCUGGUGCAAGAAAAAGAAGGCAACCAAGCUCUUGUAUAUUUUGUCAGCCGACUACUACAAGAUUCAGAAACCCGGUACCAGUUGAUAGAAAAAGUGGCACUCGGUCUAGUACACACGUCUCGACGCCUAUGCCAUUACUUCCAAAGCCACCGAAUUGUUGUACACACCGACUGUCCCGUCGCUAAGGUGUUAAGCAAACCAGAACUCGCCAGAAGAAUGAUGGCCUCGUCAAUGGAACUCUCGCAAUUCGACAUCACCUUCAAAUCGAGGGGACCGAUCAAGGCUCAGUGUUUGGCCGUCUUCAUAAAUGAACUCCACCCACAGGGCCAAUUCGAGGAACAAUGGAGGCCCCUCCAUGUGCACGGAUCCUCAAACAGCCAGGGGAGCGGGGCAGGAAUCAUCUUAGAAGGAUCGAGAGGGAUAACGUUGGAACAAUCCUUGCACUUCCGGUUCAAGGCCUCGAACAACCAAGCCGAAUACGAAGCUUUAUUGGCAGGAUUAAGGCUGGCCGAGGAUAUGGGUGCAUCAAGAGUCAAGUGCCGGACCGACUCCAAAGUGGUGGCCGAGCAAGUGGGGGGAAGCUUCCAAGAGGUGUUGGUCGAGCACAUCCCGCGCGAAGACAACACUCGUGCCGACCAGUUGGCUCGGCUGGCCGCGACCAAAAAACCGGGACAUUUGAGAACGAUCAUUCAACAAGAGAUCGACCGCCCUAGUGUCGAUGCAGAAGUGGUGGCAUAUGUCAAUUCCGACCGUGCUGACCAGGACGACUCCCAAGACUGGCAAUCCGAAAUCAGAGAGUUUCUCAUAAGUGGAACCACGCCGGCUAAUCCAUCCGAAGCCAAACGACUAAGAACCCAAGCCAGCAGAUACGUCGUUAUCGCCGGCCAGCUGUACAAACGCGGUUUCUCUACCCCGUUACUCAAGUGCCUAAACUCCGCCGAGGCUGAUUAUGUGACGAGAGAAGUGCACGAGGCCGAGCAGCUACAUUGUAUUCCUCUAGCAUGGCCGUUCGCCAUAUGGGGGGCCGACAUACUCGGACCCUUCUCGAUUGCCAAGGGACAAUGCAAGUUCCUCCUUGUUGUCGUGGAUCUAUUCACUAAAUGGAUCGAGGCUGAGCCCUUGGCAUGCAUCUCAGCUCAUCAAGUUCAGAAAUUUCUAUGGAGAAACAUCAUUACCUGGUUCGGUGUCCCACACACCCUGGUGACCGACAACGGCCUUCAAUUCACCGACCGAAAACUCAAUGAGUUUGUAAGGGGCCUCGGAGUGCAGCACAAGGUCACAUCAGUCGAACACCCGCAAACGAACGGUCAGGCUGAGUCGGCAAAUAAAGUUAUAUUGGCGGAGUUGAAGAAACGCCUUGGAGAGGCGAAUGGAGCAUGGGCCGAACAGUUACCCGAGGUACUAGGGGCCUACCGAUGCACCCCCCAAUCGACUACGCAAGAGACUCCUUUUCGCCUAGUCUAUGGAUCUGAUGCGAUGAUUCCGGUGGAAAUCGGGGAACCCUCAUUCCGCCGAGCCCACUUUGACGAGCUUCAUAACGAAGCCGAGCUUCGUGCAAACCUGGACACCAUGGAAGACGUUUGA